CACUAAGCGGAAGUGGCGUCACUGGCUCGCGACAGCAUUUUGAUCGGGCUGGUCUGCGCCUGGUGGAAAGAGAUCUUCCUUCUAAGGACCCUUUAUGCAAUCCUGAGGAAAGGAUAGAGGCAAGACAGAAUGGUAGCUGAGUGUUUGAGUGAUUGUUCUCAGGACUCAGUGACCUUCGCUGAUGUGGCUGUGUACUUCACCCAGGAAGAGUGGACUUUACUGAACCCCUUUCAGAGAAAGCUAUAUAGAAAUGUGAUGCUGGAAAACUACAAGAACCUGACCACAGCAGGAUAUCAGGCAUUCAAACCCACUUUAAUCUCUUGGUUGGAACAAGAAGUAUUAAAAACUGUGGAGAGAGGAAUCCUCCAAGAAUGGGAAAUGCAACUUACAUCCAAUGACUUGGGAAUUCAGCAGGAUAUUUUGCAGGAAAAAACAUCAAAUAGGGUACAAAUGGUAAGAUCAACACAGAGCCACAAUGGACAGGAACUAUAUGACUGUGAGCACAGGUGGAAAGACUUCAGUGACAGUGACUACUCAUACCUUAGUUCACACAGGAGAACUGAAAAUGGAGGUGAUUCUUAUGGAUAUAAUCAUUAUGGAAAAAGCUUCCUUACUCUGCACAACGAAUCCUUUACUGGAGAAAAAUGUUCCAUGUUUAAUCAGUGUGGAAAAGCCAUCAGGCUGACUCCAGAUACUGUGUACUGGCAAUGUAGCAUACAAGAGAAAGCCUUAGAACACAGAGAUCUUGGGCAAUCCUUUGCUAAUGAGUCUUUUCUUCAGGCACAAAUGAGAGCUCAGAAGAAAAAAAGACAUGACAAUUGGAAUGAAUGUGGGAGAGCUUCCAUUCAGUCAAGCCUCCAUGCAAAUGUACCAACUCACACAGCUAACAAACACUACAUACAUGAGGAUUCUGGAAGAUUCUCUGAUGCAACCCUAAGCCGUAGACAUAUAAAAACACACACUGGAGAGAAGCCUUUUCAGUGUGACACAUGUGGGAAAGCCUUUGGAUCAUCCUCAUACCUACGCAUUCACAUACGAAUUCACACUGGAAUAAAACCCUACAAAUGUAAGAGAUGUGGAAAAGCAUUUGUAUCCUCCUCAUACCUUCAAGUUCACAGUCGAAUUCACACUGGAAUAAAACCCUACAAAUGUAAGGAAUGUGGGAAAGACUUCUCUCAAUCCUCAAACCUCACUGGACAUAUGAAAACUCACACUAGAGGCCAGGCUUAUAAGUGUAAGGUAUGUGGGAAAGACUUCCAUCGAUCCUCAGACCUCACUGGACAUAACGAAAACGCACACUGGAGAGCAACUGUAUAAAUGUAAGGAAUGUGGGAAAGCCUUUGGGUCGUCCUCACACCUUCGUGUUCACAGUCAAAUUCACACUGGAAUAAAACUAUACAAAUGUCAAGACUGUGGGAAAACCUUCACUGGUUCCUCUCGCCUUAUUGAACACAUGAACACUCACACUGGAGAGAAGCCUUUUAAGUGUGAAACAUGUGGGAAAACCUUCACUCAAUCCUCAUGCCUUACUAAACAUAUGAAAAUACACACUGGAGAAAAGCCUCUUAAGUGUGACAUAUGUGGGACAACUUUUACUCAAACCUCAUACCUUACUCAGCAUAUGAGAACACACACUGGGGAGAAGCCUUUUAAGUGUGACAAAUGUGGGAAGGCCUUUGCUGCUUACUCAUAUCUUAGUAACCAUUUCAGAACUCACACUGGAGAGAAGCCUUUUAAGUGUGACACAUGUGGGAAAACUUUCGUUCAAUCCUCAGGCCUUUCUCAACAUAAGAAAACUCACACUGGAGAAAAACCUUUUAAAUGUGACACAUGUGGGAAAACCUUCAGUCAGUCCUCAUACCUUUCUCGACAUAUGAGAACACACACUGGAGAGAAGCCUUAUAAAUGUGAUACAUGUGGGAAAGGCUUUGGGUUUUCUUCUAUUCUUCGUAGACAUUUACAAUCUCAUACUGGGAAGAAGACUGCUAAAUGUGAAAAAUGUGGGAAAACCUUCACUCGAGCCUCAGGCCUUACUCAACAUAUGACAACACACACUGGAGAGAAGCCUUAUAAGUGUGACAAA